AACUCUGUACUGCAGGAGUUCAGCAGGUCAUCGAAAGUGAAAGUAAUUUGAACCAGGAAGUGUUGUUUGUGUAAAAUGGCUUUCAGACAGCAGGUAGAGAGUUUAACGGAGGAGGUACUUUGUCCCGUCUGCCUUGAUUUCUUCACCAAUCCGGUAACGCUCAACUGUGGACACAACUUCUGCCUCUCCUGUAUCACACAGUGUUGGGCAAAGGAGGGGAGAAACUGCUGUCCGAAAUGUAGAGAGGAGUUUGCAGACAGAUCCCUCAGGGUAAAUUGGGCCCUGGCAAGUCUGGCUGAAAAGGCUCAACAAUUAAACCUGAAUUGGAAAGAGACGGAGAUGAGACCGCAGUGUGAGAAACAUCGGGAGGAACUGAAGCUGUUUUGUGACACAGACAAGCAACUGGUCUGUGUGAUUUGUAGAGACGCGAGGGAACACAGAUCUCACAGCUUCAUGCCGAUUGAAGAAGCUGCGGAGAUUUACAAGUGUCAAGUUAAAUCAUCGUUCGAAUCUCUGACAGAGAAGAAAUCUGCCAUCCAGGAGUUGGAACGGCGACAGAAACAUAACAUUUCUGGAGUGAGGGAACAGUCACACAGUCUGCAGGCCAACGUCACAUCUGAAUUUGCUAAAAUACACCAGGUUCUGGCUGAGAGAGAGCAGCGCCUACUGAGUGAUCUCAGGGCAGAGGAGGAGAAGAUUCUGAACACCAUGGAGAAAAAUCUUCAGGAGAUUGAAGAGAAUUUAACCUCUGUAGAGGAGAAACUCUCCAAGUUGCAGAAACAGAUGAAUGAGGAAGACAGUGCGACGUUUCUGAAGGAGGAGUUGUGUCAGGACAGGAGGGUUAGUGAGGAAGCUCCGACAUUGUCUGUAACAGAAGGUGCCGUAACCAUCGGAGAAUUCAGGGACACAAUAUUGAGAGGGAUGUUUGAUGCCAUGAAGCAAGUCUAUGAGACCCUGGAUGUAAAUUCAGCCAACCUGUGCGUUGAGGUGUCUGAGGAUCUGAAUCGUGCAAGAGGGACCGGGACCCAGAUGAGUUUCUCUGACACCGAGCACAGUGAGGAGUACAAUAAACGUGGAGAUUGGGGAAUGAAACUGUUGUCUGAGGCUCUGAGGAACCCGGAGUGUAAAAUACAGAAACUGGGGUUGACAGCUGAUCAUUUCACAUCUGAGUUUGAGCACUUCAUCUCCGAUCUCAGUACAAACCACUCACUGAGAGAGGUGGAGCUGGACCUGAGUUACAGUGAAUUGGGAGAUGGGGGAAUGAAACUGUUGUCUGAGGCUCUGAGGAACCCGGAGUGUAAAAUACAGAAACUGGGUCUAGGUUCUGUCGGUCUCACAGCUGCUGGUGUUGUGUAUCUCACCUCCGCUCUCAGUACAAACCGUUCACUGGCGGAGCUGGACCUGGCUGAUAAUGAACUGGGAGAUUCAGGAGUGAAACUGGUGUUUGAGGCUCUGAGGAACCCAGGGUGUAAAAUACAGAAGCUGUGUCUGGAGUCUGUAGGUCUCACAGCUGCUGGUGUUCUGGAUCUCACCUCUGCUCUCAGUACAAACUGCUCACUGACUGAGUUGGACCUACGUGAUAAUGAACUGGGAGAUUCAGGAGUGAAACUGGUGUUUGAGGCUCUGAGGAACCCAGAGUGUAAAUUACAGAAACUGGGUCUAGAUUUUGUCGGUCUCACAGCUGCUGGUGUUGUGGAUCUCACCUCCGCUCUCAGUACAAACCGCUCACUGACGGAGCUGGACCUGGCUAAUAAUGAACUGGGAGAUUCAGGAGUGAAACUGGUGUCUGAGGCUCUGAGGAACCCAGAGUGUAAAAUACAGAAACUGUGUCUAGGUUCUGUCGGUCUCACAGCUGCUGGUGUUGUGGAUCUCACCUCCGCUCUCAGUACAAACCGCUCACUGACGGAGCUGGACCUGGCUAAUAAUGAACUGGGAGAUUCAGGAGUGAAACUGGUGUCUGAGGCUCUGAGGAACCCAGAGUGUAAAAUACAGAAACUGUGUCUACGGUCUGUCGGUCUCACAGCUGCUGGUGUUGAGGAUCUCACCUCUGCUCUCAGUACAAACUGCUCACUGACGGAGCUGGACCUGGGUUAUAAUAAACUGGGAGAUUCAGGAGUGAAACUGGUGUUUGAGGCUGUGAGGAACCCGAAGUGUAAAAUACAGACACUGAGACUGAGGAGGAAUCAGUUCAGUUCAGGUGGAGAGAAACGGCUGAAAUCGCUGGAGGGAACCAGACCCGGACUGAGAGUGAUCUUCUGAACAUCCCACUGUGUGUACAUCACCACCCCCGGGGGUCGGAACAUUUCCCUCCCAUUUCCCACCCUCCCCUUUCAACCCGAACAUCCCACCUGGAACCGAGUACGUGUCCCUCCUGUGGUGAUGUUAAAUACCCGGUCGCAGAGUCACCGUCAAUGAGAAUAUAGUUUAAUAUCACUGGCAUAUCUCAUGAAGUUGUUGUUACGCUGCAACAGUACAGUGCAGUACGUAAUUAAAAACUAUAAAUUACAGUUUUAACGUCUAGGCCCGAUUGACGCACGUUCGUCGAGGGGAAACUGGCAUUGACCCCGUCAACAGUGUAAUCGUGUACAAACCCACAACAUGAAAUAUCAGACAGGACACAAUAUGCAAUUAAAUGAUCACACUUUAUAAUUA